UCGUAAUCGAAGUUCAAUCUAAUCAUAAAUUAUUUUUUUAUUAUUCUUUGCAUUUCACAGACAAUUAUAAAGAUAAACGCCGGAAAAUUUACUGUUGAAUUUUUUAGGCUUUAGUUGUAAAGUAGAAAUAAAACUGAGUAUAUCUUAUUUGAUAAGAUUUAAGUGAAGAUUUACUGUGUCACUUUUUUUUUACCUUUCCCAUUCCAUUAGAAUUUUAUUUUUAUUAGGAUGACUGAUAUUGUAGGUCCUUACAAAACAUCAAUUAAGCGUGAAGCAUCUCAAGACAUGGGUGAUAGUGAAGGUCCACCUAAACGUCCUAGGAGCGGUGGUCGUGCAGUUGACGUUCGAUUUUUAGUACAAAGUAAAAAUGCUGGUGCAAUUAUUGGAAAAAGUGGUUCAAACAUAAAUAGGUUAAGGACUGAUUUCUCAGCAAGUGUUACAGUUCCCGACUGCCCUGGCCCAGAACGGAUAUUGGCUAUUGUUGCUGAUAUUGAAACAUUAGGAGACAUUUUACUUGAUGUAUUGCCUAAACUGGAAGAUUAUGCUCAUAACCGUUCUAUGGAAUUCGAUUGUGAGUUGCGUAUGUUGUUGCAUCAAAGUCAUGCUGGGUGCUUGAUUGGCAAAGGUGGAUCUAGAAUUAAAGAAUUAAGAGAGAAAACUGGUUCUCAGAUAAAAAUUUUUACUAAUUGUUGUCCAAAUUCAACUGAAAGAAUAGUGCAGAUCUCAGGGUAUCCAAAUGUGGUUGUCAAUUGUGUAAAAGAAAUAUGCCAUAUAAUCAGCUCGGCUCCUAUCAAGGGACCUAACAAGCAAUAUGAUCCUCAUCAUUUCAAUCCCAUGUUUUGUAAUGAUUAUGGUGGUUAUGAAGAUUCUGGUUCAAAAGGACGUGGAGGGCGUGGUUCUUUCAGAGGAGGAAGGAGUUCAAAUUUUAAUAGACCACCACCUCCAGCCUGGCGUGAUGAAGUAGUAGAUAAUUUUAGUUUUGGGGGUCCUGACAGUGGAUCCAACCGUAGCCGUGGUGGAUUUGGUGGAGGAAACAGUUAUUCUGGCCGAGGGGGAGGACGUGGUAUGAUGAAUCAAAGCCAGGGUGGAGGAAACCGUUGGAAUCAAGGAUCUAAUACCGGUGGAAAUUUAGGUGGCUGGGUUACUGACAGUGGCAGUAGCUAUGGUAGUAGUGGUCGUAUGAUGGGAUCUGCUAAUGGGCAGUCUGGUUACAUGGCUCAAGGAUCAGCUGAAAAAUCUAUGGGACCUGGGAUGGGUGGUCCUCGAAAUCCAAUGAUGAAUAGUGGCAUGGGAGGAUAUCAAGGAAAUGGUGGUCCUGGAGCUGCAGGAGCUGCUAAUAGGUAUAUGGGAGGUCCUGCACGGGGACAGCCUAAGCAACAGGGCGGAUACAACACAGCUUCCCAAAAUACUGGAGAAAUGUUUAAUGUUCCCAUACCUAACAGUGAUGGAACAUAUUCAGUAACAAUGACAGUAUCUAAUGAAGUUGCAGGAGCUGUAAUUGGAAAAGGUGGACAACGAAUACGAAGAAUAAGAAAAGAUUCAGCAGCAAUAAUUAAGAUUGAAGAGGGUCCAGAAGGAUCGAAAAAGCGAACCAUUACAGUAACUGGUGCUUUGAAUCAGUUACAGAGAGCACAAUCAUUGAUAGAAAGGAGCAUUCAAGAAAAUGGACUCGAGUGAUACCUCUACUUAUUUAAUUGCACUAUUUUGUACAAGUCUCCUCAUCAUCAUAAUUCAGAAACUAUUGUUAUCUUCUAUGUUUGUUAUGUUUGUGAAGUUCAAUGAGUUAAGAAAUAUUUGGUUAACUUUUUGAUAAAUAAAUUAAAGUUAGACCGAAA